AUUACAAAUAUUUCGAACUUUCGUUUAGAAAUACUAAAAAAAAUCCGGGAGUCUUAUUCUUCGUAUAUCGGAUUCAGUGCCCUUCGAACAUCUUUUUUCAAUCAGGAAAAUCUAUCAAUCAUAUGCUGGUAGUGUUCCGACUUGAGUUGUGUGAGAAUUUGACUUGGUCAGUAUAAUCAAAUAUUGCGAGAUUUAGCCGGUUUCGCCAAGACAAAAAUAAACACGAAAAUGAAUAUCAGUGGUGAUUUUUUCUUUUUGAUUUCGCAGUUUCAUUAAUUCGAGGGUUGAAUUUUGGAUUAUAUUUUCACUCAGAAUGUUAUAAAUUCCUUGUAAAUUUCCUUACUGAUCGAUUAAUGUACGUGUGAGUUUUUCAUCAUGAAUCUAACAUAACCUCAUUUUCGAAACUUCUAUUUCGAAUAAGUGAUAAUUAUGUGCAAUAAUUUUCUCUGAAACAAGUUUUAUCGCGACGUAUUUUUGAAAUAUUUCGUUAUAUUUUUCUGCGAUAACAUAACCCCACAUUAUUGGUGAAGAAAAGACUGACUCGCGCUGACAACACAACCUUCGAAUUUUCGAGCUUUCGUUGAUGUCUUCUAAAUUAACGAUUCAACGAUGUUCUACGCGAUUGUGAGAACCUUUCGAAACCCAAAAACCACCCCAAGCGUAAUACCGACCAGAUUUUUCGCUAAUUUGUCCGUGAAAUAUGACGAAAAUCCUGAGGCUAAGUCACGAGCUUGGCAAAUACAUUCUUAUGGGGGUUUGGAAGAUUUGAAAUUGUCAAAUGUACGAAUUCCCGUUAUUUCGAAACCAAACGAAGUUUUGGUGAAAAUUGAUGCUUCCAGUGUCAAUCCCAUCGAUGUCGCUAUGGCAAGAGGCUAUGGAUCGACGAUAUUCAACUUCAUGCGCAAAACAAAAAACUUGAAUUUAGAGCCAGAAAUUGAAUUUCCUCUGACAUUGGGUAGAGACUUUUCAGGAACCAUAGUGUCAAAGGGUCAUGGGGUUGGCGACAGAAUAAAACUGGGGGAUGAAGUGUGGGGUGUUGUUCCAAUAGAUCGUCAAGGAUGCCAUGCAAAUUAUGUCACUGUUGACAGUUGUCUGGUUAACCCACGUCCUCAAAACAUAUCUUCUGUUGAGGCUGCAAGUAUUUUGUACGCCGGUCUAACAGCAUGGUCUGCACUCUGGAUAACCGGAGGUUUGUGUUAUAAAAUUGCAAUUCCAGCAAGGAUAAACCGAAGAGUUUUAGUGUUGGGAGGAUCCGGAGGUGUUGGUACUUUGGCAAUACAACUUUUGAAAGCUUGGAACAGUCACGUAAUUACAACAUGCAGUAGCGAUGCUGUUAAUAUGUUGAUAGAAUUGGGAGCCGAUGUUGUGAUAGAUUACAAAGAAGACAGCGCAGAUGAUAGAAUUGUCGACGAAGGCCCAUACGACAUUAUUCUCGAUUGCUGCCAACAAGGCCCUGACACAAUAAAAGAAAAAGGAUAUCCCCACAAAACUUACAUAACUCUGAAUUCACCUCUUUUGAAAAAUGUUGAUCAGCAUGGUUUGAUCGGUGGCACAGUAAAGAAUAUUGGAGAUUUGGUCAAGUACAAUAUACCCAGCAGAGAAAAUAAGUCGUCAGUCAGAUGGGGGUUUUUCACACCUUCCAGAGCAGGGAUAAAUAUGAUACAAGAAUUAGUCGAAUCUGGACAGAUUUUACCAGUGAUACACAAAACUUAUUCUUUCGAAGAUUUACCGAAAGCUUAUGAGAGAGUCGCGGAAGGACAUUUGCGAGGAAAGCACGUCAUCGAUAUGAAACAGUAGUUUUUUAAAUUUUAUUUCUAGGUCGACACGAGUCUUUGUAAAGUGUUUUUGUAUUAUUUACAAUAAAUUAAAAGAUAAUUUAUGCA